AUGCAAGCUUUUACGCAAGAUUUCUCGUCUCUGCAUUUGAAUGUCAUCUAUGGACUAGAGUCACCGGAUGAUUUGGUAGAUGCACUUUACUCUCUCGUGACUGAGUGCGUAGACCGCCACGCCCCUUUGAAGAAAGUGAAGGUAACGCGACCGCCAGCCCCAUGGAUGGCGUCUGAUGAGAUACGUGGCACUUAUGAGACAUGGACUGCGUUCAGAGCUGUGCGUAAUAGCGGAGCGUGACCGUACUCUGACCGACCGCCCGACCGUCCAUCCGCACCACAGGUAUACCAAUGUAAAAUAACUCAAUCAACAGGUAUGGCAACUCAAAUGCAACUCGAGGUUAUUUUGACGGGAAAUCGCAAAGCCACCCGCGUCUUGUAAAACAGAGACAACUAAAGAGUCUAUGAAGACGAAAACGGAAAGCGGAAAUUGUCUCUAUAUCCAUGUUUUCUAAAGCAUUAAGCUUAGAUUAAUUGUCAUGUCCCCAUGUCUCUGGAAUACAGAGCAAGAGCAACACACGGAAAAAGAGAAAGUAGGCGGCAGGCCAGCGAAGUUCAACGAGAAAAAGGGCGACAGAAAUCUAGAGCGAGAGAUAAAAAAGAGAGAUUUCUUUUAUUGGAAGAACAACAUGAAAAUUUUUUAACGGCGGUGACUAAAUGAGAAAUGCUAGCGGUCGCCAAUGCAAGGUGAAAAUGAGCGGCAAUGAAAACAAAGUGAACGAGAAAACGUCCGAUAUUUCCUCCAUAAAACGUGUAACUAAGACGUUUCUGGAAGCUUCACGUUGUAGUCGUGCAAAACAGCGGCAAAGAAUGUACAAAAAAGUGUGCUGCACGAGCAAAGCUGAUAUUUUUGCUAAUUAGACCUAUUGUUGUUUUUCACCGUUCACGGGCGUUGUCUUCGCCGCUUAGCAUUACACGAUUUUAUAUUUUGUUUGAACAAACUAUAAAUACUAUCGAAAGCUGCGCUUGUUGUCAACGGAAAGGCUAAAAGAACAUUUCUGAACACCACUCUCUCGUCAAAGCGACCUAAGGAGGUUUGGCGGGUUAUCCAUAGAGUUAUUCACCCUAGCCCCAAGCCUAUUAGUGCAGAUCCUGAUCAGCUGAAUCGUUAUUUUAUCAAGGCAACUGAGAGAACACUAGGUACGGUACUAGACGAGGCCACCGACCUAGUGGAUUUAACCCGAUCGUUAUCCUUUUCAGCUCCGCACGGCAUCCACUGA